AUGGUGACACCAUUGAAAAGACCCCAACGAAUCACAACGUCAGUAACUGAGAAUAUGUUCGGAAGUACUGACCUGGCAACGAUUAAUAUUCAACGAGGUCGAGAUCAUGGCUUGCCACCGUAUGUCAGAUUUAGACAGUUGUGUGGCUUGAGCGGUGCACGAACCAUGGACGAUUUCGCAAGAGAAAUUCUCAGUACAGAAGCACGAGCAAAACUGAAACGGGUUUAUGGAACACCAGGUCGGUGGUCCCUCUUCUAUACUCGUAUCAUUCUAAUCCGGAGUUUUGUGCCGAAAUUCGAUUCGUGGCACUUUUGA